AUGAACAUAACUGCUGUAAUUGGAGUGGAGUUACAUGCAGCAACCAAACAGAUCAUGUCACAGAGCUUUAUAUUUCCGGUUGUAGUCUUGAAGUUAAGGUAUCUUGAUCUUUCCUACAAUUCUUUUCAUGGAACCAUUCCCACUUUUAUUGGUUCCUUGAUCAAAUUAAGGUUUCUCAACCUCGGCAACAAUAAUCUUAAUGGAACCAUUCCCACAUCUGUUGGUUCCUUGACAGAAUUAAGGCUCCUUUCCCUUUCCAGUGAUGUAUCCUUAUUCUUCAUUUUCAACUCUUCUUCUUCAUCUAUUGCUUACCUUUAUCUUGGAAACAACAGUCUCACCUCAUCCAUGUAUCGUUGGUUGUUCCCAUUAACCAGCAAUAAGCUUCGUGUUCUUGAUCUCUCUGGCAACAUGUUAGAUGGGAUACCCAAAUAUCUUGGAAACCUCUCUAGUCUCGAAACUUUAUCCUUCUACAACAACUCUGCUGCUGUCAAAUUUCCUGAUUUUCUCAACAACUUGUCUGGAUGCACAUCCCUUUCAUUACAAUCCUUGCAAGCUUCAUAUAACCAAUUUACAGGGCCACUGUCCGAUGACAUCCAAAAAUUUUCAUCCCUAAAACACUUGUACCUAUCUCAUAAUCAGCUAUAUGGAAGUAUAAGUGAGAAACUGUGGGAAUUACCAAUGCUUGAAGAGCUUGACCUUUAUUUUAAUAAUCUUCAAGUUCCUUCCACAUAUCACUUGUCUGGCCUUUUUUUAAUGUACGACACAACUCCUCUGGAGUUUUGGGACAUGUGGCCUUCUCAAUUAAAAUAUCUGAAUCUCUCUUCCAACAACAUUAGCGGGACAGUACCAGAUUUAUCAUCAAAUUUUGCCACUGGUUCAGCAAUAGAUUUGAGUUCCAACAACUUUUCUGGUCCAAUACCGAAUGUUUCUUCCACCUUGUCAUCAUUAAAUCUUUCCAGAAACAAAUUCUCUGGAGGAAUCUCCCUUCAUAUGCCAAAUUGUUGA